AGAACGUUACUGACUAUUUACGCGCAAGUGGAGUGUUGCGAAGUGAGAAAGAAUUAAACGAUUUUUACACUGUUUCAUCUUAUUGUGCAAUCAUUUUACUGUUAAGUAAAUCACCCAGGGCAACUAGCCCUUGCAUCAAGACGGCUUCAUACCAGGCACAUGUCGGUGUGGACUGCUUACCCAGUAAUCUUUCACCAUGUUUGAUUGCUUCUCCAGGCAUGGAAUCACCGUACAUGUAUGACGGUUCGCUUCACGAACUUGAAGACGUUAAGCCUAACGUGAGUGUUGGUAGUUCGGUGUUACCUGUCAACAUUGACUGUUCGCAACCAGAGCUUGCAGAACUGAAUUCCCCAGAGUUUUCAUUUGACCUGCAAAAUUUUAUUAACUCUAAUAUUUCUCAUAGUAAUUCUCUGAACGACACUUUUUCUGACAUUUUUAACGGUGGAAAGCCAACUGGUACCGCGACAGAGAACGCCAUAGAACUGCUGGCCACCGAGACUUGGGGCAAACAGGCUCAGUCUGCCGCCGUUUCUAUCCCUGGGAUGCCUCAACAGGUUGCUCUUCGGACUGAACGUUACGGAGCGACUAAUCCUGGCAUAAACAUUAAACAAGAACCUAUCGAUUUUAAUAACUUUGACCAUUUUCUUGAUUUGGGACUUCUGGGUGACUUCUCUAGUGCAAAAGACAGACAGCAGCGUUCAGCGGCUAACAGUACCGCGGCUACUUGCGAAUCUUCCCCUCUACCAAGGACCGUGACGACCACCUCAUCGCUGCUGGACAGCUUCGGUGAAGCCGACCUUGGGCAGGACUUGACCGAAGGAAUGCAGAAUAGCUUAGACAGUUGUUCUAGUAAUAGUAGUAGUUACCGAACACCAACCCACGGGAAGAACAAAGGUAAAAAAGCUGUGGAUAAGAGCAGUGACGAAUAUCGACGUCGACGGGAACGCAACAAUAUCGCAGUAAGGAAGUCUCGUGAGAAGGCCAAGCAACGUAGCCGCGACACUGAACGAAGAGUUUCCGAGCUCAGCCGUGAAAACGAGUCUCUGCGUAGUCGGGUAGAGUUGUUGACCAAAGAACUGAAUGUGUUACGGUCAUUGCUCACUAAUGUUGGAGUCCCACAAGAAAACGUGGACUCGGAAAUUGCUAAGAUUGUCCAGAUCGACCGUUUUCAAAGCCGCAUGCAAAACCUCUAGGCCUGAACUUACUAAGCCUACUAAGAGCGUAUGUUUCAGUGGACCAGUGUUUCACUAUUUAGACUGUUGCUUUGAGUUUGACGUAACGAACUACACUGUCAUUUGUGUUCCCACAAAUAAUUUUAUAUGGAAAUUUGUUGCUCCAUUAAUAAUCGUAAUUGCUUGUGUUAUAAUUAUAGCUUUUUAUAUUGUAAAAGUUAAGGUUAUUAGGUAUUUGUUCUUUUUUAAAACGGAUGUCCGGAUAGGUGUUAUGUAUAAUCAUGAAUUCUAAAAAUUGUUGUACUGAAAGAUUAUAUUAAAUAUUCAUGAUAACCUAUAAGUUGAUUUUAUAAUCUGUUGGAUUUGUGGUUGAUGGGCUUUGACUUGUUAUUAAUGUUGAACAAAGAUUAGACUAGUCUAUGUACAGUUGAUAAAUAAGACUUUGUAUUUAAACUCGCACAACUAUGUAACAAGCAACUGUAAAUAUUAUUGGACUGUUUGCUAAACAUGUACAUAUAAAAUUCUUGUUUGUAGAAUGAUUGUAGAUACGGAACGUUUACACAAACGAAUGUAAUAUUGUGGUGUAAAUAAAGUUUUUUUUAUGUAUGGA